AUGUCUGGCACAGGCGGCGAUGUGCCCAUGCGCACAGAUUCUCAAGGACCAACGACGCUGAUUGUUGCAAUCUUCUUCGGAGCACUGACCUUCGUUGUCAUCGCCUUACGUCUGGUUGCUCGAAUCGGUAUUCUACAUUCAGUCGGACUUGACGAUGUGUUGAUUCUCAUUGCCGCUGGCUGUACCUGGGCGUUCAUGGUCUGUAACAUCAUCGGCGUUAGUCAUGGUCUGGGUGACCACAUCGAGGUUGUGCUCUCCAAGCCUGGUGAGAUCGGCCGCAUGUACAGGAUUGUCUGGAUCUCGUCCGUAUUCUACAAUGCCAGUCUCGGAUUCAUCAAGUGCUCUGUCCUGGCUCUCUAUGCACGGUUGGGCGAUAGGCAAUUACGCAAGAUAGCCUUCAUCGUUAUGGCCAUCUGUGCCGCGUCGGCGACGGCCAACGUUCUGGUGUGCAUCUUCCAGUGCUGGCCACUCGAUGGUGCCUGGAAUGCAGAGCUGCAAGCAACAGCCACAUGUGUCAACAUCAACGCCUUCUACCUGGCUAAUGCCGGCACAAACAUCUUCACCGACCUGCUGGCGUAUCUACUGCCCAUGAAGCUCGUCAAGAACUUACAGAUCCCUCGGAAACAGAAGAUUGCCGUUGGCGUCAUGUUGUGCUUGGGCCUCUUUGCAUGCGUAUCCUCAAUCAUCCGGAUAUCCUUCAUCCCUGUGAUGUUGACGUCCGAUGACCCAACUUUUGUCAUUGCACCACCGUUCUAUUGGUCUGUCAUCGAAGCAAACAUCGGUGUGCUCGCCGCAUCCAUCCCCUCAUUCAAGCCACUAGCCAAGCGCUUCCUUCCACGUAUCCUUGGGGAGAGCUCCGACAAGCGCACAAGGCACUAUGCCAAAGACGGCUCUUAUCGCGCUCAGCACUACAAAGGCACAUCCUCCAAUGGUGGCUUCAGCAAACUGAGCGCGCAAGAUGCAAUGCACAUGAAGGUGUUCGACAGGGACAUAGAUACCAUCGGCGUUGCCAAGGGUCGUUACAGUCCAGGUCCCGGCAUGCAAGAACACAAGAGAAGUGAAGUGUCGACGAACGUCUCAGAAAUGGACCACGGAACCACGACCCAUAGCAACUCAAGUGAGGAGGCCAUCAUGAAGCCAGGACAUGGCGAUAUCAUGAUGACAACAGAGUUUACCAGAACCGUCGAGGAGCGGCCGAAGAACAAGAGAGCUCCAAAGACUGAUUACUAUCCAGGAGACGACCGUGCCUAA